CACGGUGUAAGUGCCCCGGGAAGCCUCACACCUCACAUUUCGCGAACUAUGGGUUGCUUCAAUGUUUACAUUUUCAACCGUCAAGGAACGUGUAUAUAUUAUCACGAAUGGUUCCGUCCCAAGUCAGUAAAGCAAGGUGCAGGUACACUUCAGGAUGAUCAAAAACAAAUGUUUGGGUUGUUCUGGACCCUAAGCAACUUUUGUGCAACAAUGGACCCCAAGGAUCAGAACAAGCCACAGCUUGGGACACCACGUAAAAUUGGACAAGGAUGUAAAUUCAGGAGCUUUACAACUAAUAGCUACAAGUGCAAUUUUCUCGAGGUGCCGUCGGGCAUCAAGCUGGUGCUCAAUACCCAUCGAGAGGCUCCGGACCUCACAGACGUGCUGCAGGCGCUGUAUGACGACAUCUUUGUGGAGUAUGUGGUGAAGAACCCGUUGUACGUGCCAGGUCAACCGUUCCAGUCGGAACAAUUUGUGAACGCCCUGAACGCAUUCCUGCGCCAGAACGGCCUGCUGCAGCAGCAACAAAUCAUGCAGGCUGCAGCGUGAGGGUCGCCCAACGUUGCUGACUAGUGGCCGGGUGGGCAGGCAGUUCCCACAAGGACCUUCGCGACCCAGCGGCCUCAGGCAUAAACCGAAUUUCGCUGUGGCGCUAUUGGUAGCCGCCAGGUGCCGGGUCCGGGGAACCU